AUGUCGUCCACGGAGAACUUGAAUCUUCUUCCACCUCUCAUAGAAUCUGGGCGCUUCCAUCAACUUGUAAAAGCCGGUCAAACAAUAUCAAGUUCUUUUUCGCCACUCGACAACUCCUUCUCUGCUUUCAUCACCUACGCAAACACAGAUAUACCAAGCAAAGAAAAAGAAACCAAGUCAAGGACAGACGAAGAGCAGCCCAUCUACUUUUCGGGCAUUGAUAUUGUUCCCUCAUCAGAGCGGCGUCUUUUCAUCACGGACACACUUAUCAUUUUUGCAGCAUUCAAUAACCUUUUGUUGUCAGCUGAAAACCAUCCCGUUGGCUGGCUCCAAGAUGAUAAUCAGGUGAAAUUAAUGAGGAAACUCGCUAUCGACUACGUCAAUUUUAUAAAAGAAUGCUGGGUCCAUGCUUCGCAACCAAUACCUCGCCCUGAAGGUCCCCUACAGUUUAGCAGUGAUCACUAUCGCAGUCUAUAUACGUGCUUCUCCUUAUUCGUGGUUUUAUACAUACCCGAACCUGGCUAUGAUCUGGCGCCGGUCGGAGACGAGUUGAUGGAGUGGCUCAACAUACACUUUAUCGAACCUUCCACAGAGGAAGGAGAUCAUUUGAGCGCUUUAGAGAAGCCGUGGGAGGAUGAAUCAUUUUGGCCUUAUCUAACCCGAGCCAUCCUCCGUGGCCUAACAAAAUCGUCCGCGUUCUUUUUGGGAACGCUCUUGCGACAUGAGUCAGAAGACCUUCAACGCUUGACAACAACCCUAGAAUCCUUAGUUGGGAAUCAACCUCGGUUGCAGGAGUUCAAUGCGGAGAGAGACUUUGCUUUUUCAUUCCGCAGAUGGAAGGAUAAGGUUAAAGCGCUUCGUAUUGAGAUGGAUGAAAUACCAGAAGAUAGAAGAUUUGACGAGUUCGACAACUGGUGGGAUCGACUCAGUAAUAUUGUUGGCAUUUUGGAAGGUCGAUUUGAAGUCAUCAAACGCGUUUGUGAAGAUUUAGGUGGCGACUGGAAAGAAGUUUGUGUGGCGUGGAGUAUAUUUGUUGACCCACGAAUGCAAAGGCAACAUCUACCAGACGUCGUCAGUCAAGUUUUAGGCGAUACGCCGCCUGACCCAACGAACCUGGAAGACAUGAUUCACGCAGCUCUCUUUUCUGGACGACCCGCGGAAGGGUUGCGCAACGCUUCUCAACUUGAUCGCUGGCUGGCAGCCCAUCUGGCGUCCAUCAUGGCACCCCUACAACUAAUCGACGCUGAGGAUGACGAAGACGCAGAUCUUUCGACUCGAGACGAACAUGUUUUGUCAUACGCGGAUUAUCUCCAUUCUGACCCUGCGCUUUGGAGGGUCACCGUCGAGUACAUGUACUCGUGUGGAGAUGUGGGAAAAGACAGGGCAGACGAAAUCCUACUGCGUGUGCCUCUGAGGUUACAGGAGCAAAAUUUUGAAGAGAUCAAGAUCCGAGCUGGGGACGUAGUCGGCGUCCUUAAAGAUGUCAAUCAAACUUGUUUCCAGCAUAAGCGAGAGGCUGUGAGACGAUCUGUUUGCAGGAUAGCAGCCCAAACUCUCGUUCAAAAAAAGGACUACGGUUUGGCCGUCUCAUACUGCAUCUCAGCUGAAGACUGGGUUGGCCUCGGCUCAGUCGUCGAUCGCGUUCUGGAUGAGUACAUUAUUAAUGGUCCUCAAAUAUUCUCUCAAUAUGCGGUGGCGAUAGCUCCCUCAGCUCAGAAACUUCAAACGCCUCAGGGGCAUGGUCUUUCUGUGCACCGUCUGGUCUUCACUGUCCAAUACGCCCACUUACACGAGCUCUUUGAACGGCACGAGUAUCAAGAAGCCGCUAACAAAAUUGUCGCAAUUUUCUCCCAGGACAUAGUCCCCAAAUCUUGGUGGGCAAUUGUUUUAUGCGACGCCGUUCAGCUUUUGGAAUCCGGUCCAUCACUGCUAUUUUCGUCUUCCAGCGCAUCCUUUAUGCUUCAAAAACUGAAUGAGAUUUUCGUUCGGACAUCUCAAGGCUCAGGUGACGAUUACCUGAUCGUUUUGUCCCGUAAACUCAAAGGUGGAGGGGAAACCGAAGCCUUGGAAAAUUUGAGGGGCGUAAGAUUGGCUUUAGCCCGCUAUUUUGCGCGGUGUACUGUUUUCAGCGCGCAGUAA